GCUCAUUGUGUACAAACAGAACAUCGUGCGCCCUGCAGCCUUUAAAUCGCCCUGCAGCAUUGUGCUGACCAGAGCAGAGGGAGACAGCAACAACAGCAUCCUUUGGUGUCUAGCUACACGAAGACAACUCCACCAGAACCUUUGGAAGGAUGAAUACCAUCAGGAGCAGAGAGUCGGUUUGCAGGAGUCUGUUUGGCCCGGUGGACCACGACCAGUUGCGUCGGGACUUGAAGCUGAAGCUGAAGGAGAUCACUGAGCAGGACAGCCGCCGCUGGAACUUUAACUUCCAGACUGAGACGCCGCUGCCAGGCAGGUUUCAGUGGGAGGAAAUACCCGCAGACUGCGCUGCUGCUCCCUAUCAGGAGUCCGCACAGCUGAAGGACGCUGUCUGCCUUUCAACCACGGAGGAUGGUGUCACACUGAGCGACCGUGAAGAAAGCGCAGGGAACGACCAGGAGAACUGCUCCAGCAUCUCCAACACACGCAAGUGUCCCGCUGAAGUGACGCCCGUCCGGAGGAAGAGGACGCUCUCAAAACCUGCAGCCAAGCCCAGAAACAACGCGCGAAUUACAGAUUUUUUCGCAAAGAGAAGGAGGACGACAGAAACCAAGAGCCUCCUGAAUCCUUUCCAGACAAGUUCCAGUGAAGCAGCUCUGUGCAAAACAAUAAGAUAAUAUGCUGCUGAAAAUGGACGAUUUAUAUUUCUACAUACAUUUUUAUGGGCUGGACCAAGGCGUAUUCACUGCACCAAAGGAUUUAAUUUAAUUUUUUUAUUGUAAAUUUUUGUAUUUGUGAACUGGGGUGGAAUUAUACCACUUUGUGUUAUUUAUUCUAUUUAUGGACUUUUAUUUAAGUUUUUGCAUUUUUUUCAUUGAUAGUGUCACAAAUAUAUUUGUUUAGAGAAGGUUCUUCUCUCAUUUCCAUCAGUAUUACUGUUAUGUGAGCAAGAACAUUUAAACGACUGAAUGGAUUUUUGUUUCUGUAUGUUUCAUCUCUUUGUCAAUCUUGUUGGUGAAUUUCUGUAACUUGAGCUGCUUCUGUUAACUUUAUAGAAAAGCACUAUUUUGUCGUUGCUGUGUUUGCCUAAAUUAACUGAGAUGCAGAUAAAAAGCUUGUAAAUGCCUGCAAAUAUUGCAAUUUGAAUAAACUGUUUCAUCAGUGAGA